AUGGUUUACUAUUCUCCCAUCCCACCACCAGACGCCUCUGGCACCACCGGCACCAUGAAGUCGAAGAACAGGUCGUCCCUCCGCCGCAGCUCGGAACACGGCACACACGAGGCAGCACUCACGUCCGCCGCUGAAAAGGCGUACAUGGGUACAGCUGUCGUCGAGUCUGUCAUCGUGUGCGCCAUUGCGUUCACCGUCUUUGGUCUUGUCGAGACACGCGUCACCACCAACACCGCAAAGACCAAGACUGUGCCGGUCUACUUGUCCAUCUUCAUCCUUGCGCGCCUCUUCUCCUGCGUCUACAGCUUUGACGCUCUGUACGCGAGGAAUGUCGUUCAGCUCUGCCUCCACAUCUUCUUCGAGUUCUGCAUGCUCACCUACGCCAUCCUCGAGAUCCCUCAGACGAGGAACACGUUCGGCCACUUGGACAUGGACGAGGCGUGCGUCGCGCUUGCCAAUGGCGGAUUUGACUGCAUCGGCCCCGGAUCGCUGUACUGGCUUUUGGAGCGCCUGAUGAUCGUUCCCCCGAUCGUUAUUGGCCUCUCGACCAUCAUCUACAUCAUCCUCGCCGUUCGGCUGUACCGCGAGUACGGCUGGGUCGUGUUCAAGCUGGUUGGCGCUUCCCCCAACCUCAAGCGCAUGCACAGGCACUACCAGACCCUCGUGUCGCUUCUCAAGCUCGUCACAUUCUUUGCCACCGCGUUCUGCAUUGCCUACCUCAUUCUUGUCACCUCUAUCCACCAAAACCGUGCCGAGUUCAUCAUCACCAUCGUGGCUCUCCCACUCUCCAUGCUCAUCCUCCUCCUGUGCGGCUGGGCAUUGCGGCACGAAAACACUCCGACCAUGUGUGUCUGCCUCGUGUUCAUGGUCGCCGGUCAGGCAUACUUUAUCUACAAAUUUGCCAGCAUGUGGAUCGCGAGGACGGAGAACCUGUACAUCAACACCAAAAUCACCAUGGCCAUCUUUGCCGUGUUCUCAAUCGUCAUCCUGACCACAACCUUUAUCUACAGCUGCAUCUGCAUGUCCAACUUCCACAACGGCCUCAGGGACCUGCACAUGGACCCGAUGAACCAGACGUCCGUGUUCUCGCACGUCCCCAAGAGCAAGGACAAGAAGAGCGAAAAGGCCGCCCAGGACUCGCUGCCCUUGGUCAUCGAGUAA